CCCGCUGAAAAUGAGUAAAAGCAAACAGGUCGAUGACGAUGACGACUACGACGAGCAGUUUGAAGCCUUUUUAGAGAAUUUUAACCAACUUGAGCUCCUGGAGACGCACAGGCAUUUGAUUCCGGUGGGAACUCAGAGCUGCUGGUCGGGACAGUCUGAUGAUGAUGACGAGGAAGAACAAGAAAGAAGUGAGGAAUGGUAUGAAAUGCAAGAAAAAAAGAUGGAAAAACACCCGGAGAAAUUGCUACUCUGGGCGGCUGAAAACAAUCGGCUGAGCACGGUGAAGAGGCUCCUUUCUGAAAAGCUGGCUCCAGUCAAUGCUCGUGAUGAAGACCAGUACACUCCUCUCCACCGAGCUGCCUACAGUGGGCACUUGGACAUUGCCCAUGAGCUGGUGGCCCAGGGGGCAGACGUGCACGCGCAGACGGUGGAUGGCUGGACACCUCUGCACAGUGCCUGCAAGUGGAACAACACCAGCGUGGCUGCCUUCCUGCUUCAGCAGGGUGCAGACAUCAACGCCCAGACAAAUGGGUUGCUGACACCACUGCAUAUUGCUGCAGGGAACAAAAACAGUAAAGAAACCCUGGAACUCUUGCUGAUGAAUCGUUACGUGAACGCAGACCUGAAAAACAACUUGGAUGAAACGGCCCUUGACAUUGCCAGGAGGACUGAUGUCUAUCACUACCUUUUUGAAAUAGUUGAGGACUGCAUAAAUGCUGUCUCCCCUUAA